AUGCCACGUCAUUAUACUAUAAUUCUCCAUGGAGACAUAAGGGAUGAUCAAUAUGAGGGAGAAUUCAAUAUGUUUUUAAUUACGUUGAAAAUUUCUUUAAAUGAGAACGGGAGUCACGUAACCAUCGCCACUAAGCCUACUGAUCAACAUUCUAUCGCUGUACAUUUGGAUCUCCGACUGAAAUUCGGAACGGAAAAUAUAGAACUUUUUCAUGAAAUCUUAUCUCGAGAAGAAGAGAUCUACGAACAUCUUUUUGAAUCUGUUGAAGGAAAACUCACCUUAGAGGGUAACAUAAUCGAGUUUCUACCUGUAACAACGAUCACUCGAGAAACUGCAUAUAGGGAUUUUCAAAUUCUGUGUGCAUCAGAUUCUUAUUAUGUCAAUCCUUUUCAAAUGAGUGAAAUUGGUGGAACUAUUUUCUCCGACUGGAAAGAGAAAUAUGAAAACGAUGUCAGGCGAGUUGUGGUUCAGAUGGAUGGUGCUGAUUUGCAAAUGUUAUUGGAGGCCGCUCUUCGACACGAUUCUAUAACUAUAUACAGGAGGAAUUAUCGGAGGCUUAUGGGUAUAGCAGAGACUUACAAGAUCCAUAGUGUCAUGAGAGCAAUAGAAACAUUUUUGAUGAAUUCUGAGCAGCAUCCAAUUCGUUUAUUGGAAUAUGCCGUGGAAUUAAGAAUGGCGAGAUUAUUCGAUUACGCGAAAAGACAAUUGGGAGCACCACAUCAGAUCAUCGAUAAGCUUAACGAAUACUUGCGACAAAACGGCGAGACCAUGCAUGAUAUUCAUCCAAAACUUCUGCAGUCGUUAAAUAUAACCCACGACUACAUCUGUAUUUCCUAA